ACCCUUUCCUGCCCUCGGCUGUCUUUUUCCCUCUCUCUCCUCAACUCUCCCGCCAAAAAAGCUGCACCUUUCUGAUCUUUCUCUCCCCCCCUUCAAAACCCUAACCCUAAAUCCCAAUGUCCAGCCGCGGCGUCUCCGGCGGAGCGCCACCGCCGUCGUUCCCCGUGGGUCCGCGAGUCGAAGUGCGAUCCAACGACAUCGGUUCAAGGGCGCGUGGUUUCGAGGCCACGAUCACAAAACCCAAGCAAGCUCUCACAUCGUCGUCUACUCCUCACUCCUCGACGACGCUUCUUCUCAGCCUCUCGAAGAGAAGGUUCCCUUCUCGAUGAUCCGCCGCGGCGCCGCCGCGGACCCCGCGCCGUUUUCGGGCUCCACCAGUGGCGUGGAGGGUUCCAUAAUGAAGGAUGGUGGAAGGGAGUGGUGACGAAGUUGCCGAUGAUCGACGGGAGAGGGGACUUGUCGAGGUUGUAUUCUGUUUGUUUUCCGAUGUCGAGGGAGGAGUUUCAGUUUAGGGCUGGGGAGAUCAGGAGGAGGAUGGAGUGGGUGAAGGGGCAGUGGAUUCCUUUUGAAGAUGGUGAUGAUCAGGAAGGAGUGCCAGCGAUAUUUGCUCAGGGCACACAGGUGGAAAUAAGCGGUGAUAGAGAGAACUUUGGGGCAGCUUGGUUUGUUGGAACUAUUUUGAAGGUUCUAGGGAAGACAAAUUUCUUAGUGCAGUAUGAAAACCUAUAUAGCAACAACCUUACAGAACUAAAGGAGAUUGUUGAUAUACAGUAUAUUAGGCCAUGUCCACCCAUAUCAGACUGCACUAGUUUCAAUGUGCUGGAUGAGGUUGAGGGAUUUGAUAAGAAUGGCUGGUUUGCUGGGGUGGUUUGCAAAAUUCUUCCUGGGCAGCGAUAUACUGUUAAGUACAAACAUCAGGACAAUGAGAUGGUAUUUGAUCACAUUUUAUUAAGACCUUGCUGUGUUUGGGAAAAGUACCGCUGGGUACACACUUCUCAGUCAUUCCAGGGCAAUCCAGCUGUUCGUGGAAAGAAAUUUAGUGCUAGCAAAAGUUUCAUUCAUCCGAGUUCAGAUUUGAUGUCUGGUGAUGAUGGUUCUGAUGCUGUUACCAAAUCAAGUUUCUUAGGUUCACAGCAGAAAAGGGCAUAUAGGCCAAGCCAAGGUGUUAUUGAGUUGUCCCAAGCUAGCAAAAUAUCAGAGGAAAAUUCAGUGUCUAAACACUUGGAUUUGGUAGAUGAAAUUUCUCAGGGGGCCAGUCUUGAAGACGGGGUAGAAUUUUUUCAACCUGGCAAGAAAUUUAAGGAGGAUUGCAAGAAAUCGAAGUACUUACUGGGAGAGCAUGAAAAGUUGGUAAAUGAUGCCAUUUCAGUUACCAGAAAACAGAGAUCCCGAGCUGCUAAACAAUCUAGCCUUCCUACUCCAUUGCUAACUUCAAGUAGCAACGGUGAAAAUUCUGAUAUAUCUGGAGUUGUAAAUUUGAAAGAUAAAAAUGUUCGGGAUUCAAGCUUCAAAGCCAAGUCAUUUAAACCUAGCAAGACCCCAAAUAAACAAAAAUUACCAGCAGAGAACUUGCUGUCAGUAGAUGGCAAAUUGAUGGAUUCCAGUAAGGAAACCCCACCAACAGUCGUAAAAUGUUCCACUGCUUCAAGGCUUCCAAAUGACAAAGUGGGAUCAAACGCACACUCGAAUCCCUUAUCAAAAGAGUUCUGCCAUGGACAGGACAAAUCUGGUGUGGAUGGAACUGAUGAAUCAAGUAUCACAAGGAAGGAAUCUUGUAGUUUCUUGGGGGAGAGAACAGUGCGUCAAGCAGUGGAAGCUAACUUUUACUGUUCAGUAGUUGGGCUUGCAGCUGUUAGCCUCGUUCCACCUGCUAAGAGAGAUAAUGGCAGACAGAUUCCUAGCACCUCAAGAGAUGCUAAGAUGCGAAGAAAGAAACUUGCUAUAAGGAAACGACAGCCAGAGAUUUCUGAUGUUGAUGUUAUACAGCGUAGAAAGGAGAUGAAGAAACAUAAUGGCAGCAUACCUCCAAAGCAUAAGGAUGAUUUCAUGACUCAAAACUCACCAGGUAAUGAUGCUUUUUCUUUGCCCAAAAUGCAAGCGGGCAUCAUGAAAACUCCUCCUGCGACGCCUCUGGCAGAGUCUUACAUUCUAAAUGUCAGUUCGCUAGAAAACUCAGUAGUUCAACAAUCACAGUCCCUCAGUAGAAAUGCAGAAAACAGGAAUUAUAGCAGUAAACUUGCUCAGGCUGGAGUUGAUGAAAGACACCAGGACCAUCCUUCUGUUCCAAAUGGCUCAGUAUCAAACAACGUAGCUGAGAUGGAGAUUGCUUCAAUUGACCCCCCGCAUACGGAGCCAUCACCUAUGGAGGAAGAUAAUACUUAUCAUGAGAAUGAGUUUAGUCCGAGCAGGUUCCUGUCUGAGAAUGAGAAUGUCAUUGAUGAGAUUGACGAUAGGGUCCCUCGUGAUCCUAGCCCUAGUGGGUCAUCUCUUUCAAGGGAAGAUGGUGUCUCUGAUCAUAAUGUGCUUACUCCAUGUGGGUCAAUAUCUGCAAGGUCUGUCAUUGAGAUGGGGCAUGCACCAUCAUCACUUAUAUCAAGUACUGUUAACAACGGGAUUGGAGAGGUUGGACAUUGUGUCAAUGAGCUUGGCGAGAAUGGAAGCAGACUAGAAAUCAAUGUUAAAGCCAUUUUCAAGGAACACAUUGCUCCAGAACAUGAUGAACUUGCUUCAGUUGGGCUGUCAUCUGCUGAGGAUAUUACUAAGGAUGGCGAGAUAGCAUCCGAAAGGUCACCAUUGCCAUUCACGAAGAGGUCUCAACUUUGGGAGGUAGUCGAGUCGAGAGAAAUUUUUAACACGUUUCCUCAACAUCCACAUUUCCAAUCAUUGCUGCAGUACGAAAAAGAUCUACGUGAAGGAAUGGCCAUUGGUCUGAUGGAGAGCUUUGCCUGUUUAGUGACUGACAUAAGGAGCUUAAUAAUUGAUUCAACGGAUGAUUUUGAGGAGAAAUUGAGAGCCCUUGUUACCCUGGAGUCAAACGGGUUCAAUAUUCAGCCAGUGCGUGCUCGCCUACUAAAGUUGAAAGAGAUAAGUGGAAUGCGAAGUCAAUCAGAGGGCAAAAAGCAUUCCCUGGAGGCCAAGUUACUAGAAUUGCAUGAGGAGAAAGAGAAGAAUGAUCUGUUAAUGUUUUUAAUUGAUCAAGAAGUAUCAGAAUGGCAACAAAAGCUCGCCUGCCUUGUGGAGAAAAGAGCAUCUAUGGUUCUUGAACAUGAAAAGAAAUAUUCUGAGAUUGUUGCUUUAAAAAAAGAUAUCCAAGCAGCUGAAGAAGCUAGUAGAUCUGCAACACUGCAGUUAAGCGCUGCACUAGCCGCACCAUGGUGAAGAAGAGAACUAAUUUGAUGCAGGCGAGGUGCGCUGCUUUUCACGUUAGGGAUAGUAGGUAUUCUGGUUAGCACUUUAACGCAGUGGAGGUGCUCUUUUUGGUGUAAAUAUGAGCACCAGUACGUUUAAUUUGACCUUAUUGACGAAUCUGGAUGCGUUUUGGUUUGUAAAUAUAGCAGUGAAUCGUCAACUAUGGUCGAACCUCAGUAUGGUGUAAAUAUGUUUUUCGCUGUUUCUCUUUUAGUUUGAGACUCUACGAUGCUUUUCCUUGAAUCUUGUUCGGUUAUUUCUGAGGCUGAAGUUUUUUAAGCCUGAAUUCUCAGCAGGGGUUUUACCUAAGGUAACAUAGGCGCAUUCUGUUGUGGCCCUUUUUUAUUUGGGACGAAGUUUGGAUGAUAACAGUGAGACGAUUGAACAAUGUGCUGGUAAUUUUUCUCUUGCAACUGCCUGUUCUCUUUUCUUUCAA